AGCACCGAAAUCGCAGGGAAGUCCAACACGAAGAAGUUGCAGUCGGAGCGGCAAUGAAAGAAGAGCGUGCCAUCUCCAAGUUACGCAAAUCAUAAUAAAAGCAACAAUAUUAGCGCUAUACAGUAUCCCGAUCAUCAAACGCACCCCAAACCUUUAUCACAGGGGAUUUGAAAGACUUCGCCGGGAGGAUGUCUUUGGUUUGUGCAAUCUCUAACGAGGUGCCAGAGCACCCGUGCGUGUCUCCGGUGUCCAGCCAAGUGUUUGAACGCCGGCUCAUCGAGAAGUACAUUGUAGAGAAUGGGACGGACCCGAUGAAUGGACAACCACUGUCCGAGGAACAGCUUGUCGAUAUUAAAGUCUCCCAUCCUAUUAGACCAAAGGCACCAUCAGCUACAAGCAUUCCUGCCAUUCUAAAAUCCCUCCAAGAUGAAUGGGAUGCCGUAAUGCUUCACAGCUUCACCCUGAGGCAGCAGCUGCAGACAACUCGCCAAGAGCUGUCGCAUGCCCUCUACCAACACGACGCCGCGUGCAGAGUCAUCGCUCGACUCACCAAAGAGGUCACUGCGGCCAGAGAAGCUCUUGCCACACUCAAACCCCAGGCUGGGUUGAUUGCACCUCAAGCAGCUCCUGCCUCUCAGCCAGCCGUAGUGGGUGCUGCUGGAGAGCCUAUGGAGAUUAGUGAACAAGUGGGCAUGACUCCAGAGAUCAUCCAGAAGCUUCAAGACAAGGCCACCAUUCUCACCACAGAGAGAAAGAAGAGAGGAAAAACUGUUCCAGAGGAGUUGGUUAGAGCUGAAGACCUUGGCAGAUACCGUCAAGUGGCCUCUCAUGCUGGUCUUCACAGUGCCAGUGUGCCAGGUAUUCUUGCAAUGGAUCUGUGUCCUUCAGACACCAAUAAAGUGCUCACUGGUGGCGCUGAUAAGAACGUUGUGGUGUUUGACAAGAAUGAGGAGCAGAUAGUGGCAACGCUGAAGGGUCACACCAAGAAGGUCACUUCUGUGAUUUACCAUCCAUCCCAGUCUGUGGUUUUCUCCGCAUCUCCCGACACCACAAUUCGCGUGUGGUCCGUUACCGGGGGCAACUGCGUCCAAGUCGUGCGUGCCCACGAGGCGGGUGUCACUGGAUUGUCCUUGCACGCCACUGGGGACUACCUGCUCAGCUCCUCUGAGGAUCAGUAUUGGGCCUUUUCUGACAUCCAGACCGGCCGAGUCCUUACCAAGGUCACCGACGAAAGUGCCGGUUGUGCUCUCACCUGUGCUCAGUUCCACCCUGAUGGUCUCAUCUUUGGUACUGGAACUGCUGACUCUCAAAUCAAGAUCUGGGACCUGAAGGAGCGCACCAACGUAGCCAACUUCCCUGGCCACGCUGGCCCCGUCACCUCAAUCGCUUUCUCUGAGAACGGAUACUAUCUGGCUACAGGUGCACAAGAUAGCUCUCUUAAACUCUGGGAUUUGAGGAAACUGAAAAACUUCAAGACUAUUACACUGGACAACAACUACGAGGUGAAAUCCCUAGUGUUUGACCAGAGUGGUACAUACCUGGCCGUAGGAGGGUCCGACAUCAGAGUCUACAUCUGCAAACAGUGGUCCGAGGUCCUCAAUUUCACAGACCACACAGGUUUGGUGAGCGGAGUGGCCUUUGGAGAGAACGCUCGAUUCCUCAGCUCCGCUGGAAUGGACCGAAGUCUGAAAUUUUACAGUUUGCAGAACGUAAAUUGAUAACAUCACGAGGGAGUCAAUUGAUGUAGACCAGUCAAAUAAGGCCUGCUUGGCAUCAAAAUAAUUUGUAGAAUAAAUAAAAUCUCAGCUUCUUAAUAUGGUAGUCCUCGUGUUCGUGAAACAAGUCUGUAAAAUAUCUUUGAAAGCCCAAAAGCAUAAUUUUAACUCUUUUUCUUUUUUUUUUCUCUUCCCACGGUCUGUUCAUGUCACAGUAACAUGAAAUGAGACACAGACGCAGCAGCUUAUGUUUUUUUCUAUCUAGCAUCCUGGUUAGUUGUAUUUGCAACGUAUGUGUAUAUGCGUAAAUUGGGGAGGGGGUUAUAAGUUGACGUAAGUACAAUAUCCUAAUUCUGAAAAGUUUUUGAGUUUAAAUUGUUUGGUGAAUAUUCGUCUGUAGAAACUCAUUUGCAGAAAAGGAAGAUGUGUUGGAGAUCUGAAAUUCUUGCCCUUCCCACUUUAUUUCCUUUCAUUGGGAAUUUGUUCUCUUAUUCAUGGCUGUCUAAUCAAAUGUGAAUUUCUCACCACGUGUGUUUUUCCCUGUUGCAACUGCAUUUUUACAAUAAAAUAUCUUUUGUAUGCCA